AGUUUCACCUAACCUAUUUCUGUAUUUACAGUAUUUAAGUCACUCAUUUGUGUGAACUAAAAGAUGUCAUCUGACAGUGAUAUUGAUUCGGAGUCGGAGGAAGAAGAACCUCAAUUGAAAUAUGAAAGAGUUCGCAAUGAUCUUCUGAAAAUUUUAUCAGAAGAUGCAGCAUCAUGUGUUGUUAUGCAAUCCAAGUUUGUUGCACUUGGAACACACUGGGGGAAAAUAUAUAUAUUGGAUCAUAAUGGCAAUAAAGUCACAAGCAAACAAUUUGAAUCGCACAAUACUCAAGUCACUGGGAUUUCUCUUGAUGAAGGCGGCGAAUAUUUAGCAAGUUGCUCAGAUGAUGGAAAAGUCGUUGUUGUCGGGCUGUAUUCUGACACUGAAAACAUCUCUAUAAAUGUUGACAGGCCUGUGAAGUCUGUUGCUCUCGAUCCAAGCUUUUCAAAAAAUAGUUCUAAGCAGCUGGUUUAUGGUAUCGACAGUUUGAUUUUAUAUGAAAAAGGCUGGCUUGGAAGAUCUAAAACUACAACACUACAUACUGGUGAAGGAUUAGUUAGAAACAUCAAGUGGAAAGGUCAUCUAAUUGCAUGGGCAAAUGACUGGGGAGUUAAAAUGUACGACAUGAAGCAACGACGGCGAAUCACACACAUUCCACGAUCAGGUGCUGGCAAACAAAACUUGAGACCUGAACUCUACCCAGCUCAUAUUGCGUGGAAAAAUGAUAGCACGUUGCUCAUUGGAUGGGCAAAUGAAAUUAAAGUCUGUGUUGUUAGAGAAAGACGAAGUCGUGACUUGACUCGUGAUCCAGACAAAUAUGUUGAAAUUGUGUACCACCUACCUAUCGAUUUUGCUUGUUCUGGUAUUGCUCCUUUUGGUACUCAACUUGUUGUUCUUGGAUAUGAACUGCAGCCUGAUGAGAAAUUAGAGGAAUCUGGAAGCUCUGGUAAACCCACUAAUAAGCCUUCAGAGAGACCUCAGCUCCGUAUAUUAGACCCUGAUCCAUCUGGAGGAGGGUAUGAUGAAAUGUCAUCUGACGCUUUGUCAAUCAGAGGUUAUCAAACUUACAGAUGCAAUGAUUACAGUCUUACCCAUGAAACAGGAGAAGGAAUGCUGUAUAUUGUUUCACCAAAAGACAUAGUAUUAGCACGCAGAAGAGACAAAGAUGAUCAUGUGUCGUGGUUGUUAGAAUGUGGAAUGUACGAAGAUGCAUUGGAUGCAGUAGAUAGAUUUGGAAAAGAAUUGAAAACACAUAACUUUCUCGAGGUUGGGAUGACAUACAUCUCUCAUCUUCUUGACGAAAAACAGUAUGAAGAUGCAGCAAGAGCUUGUGUUAGAGUCUUGGGAAAUGAUAUUGAACAAUGGGAAAAGAUUGUUGACAAAUUUGCAACAGCACACCAACUCAACACACUUUCACCAUAUUUACCAAGAGGAGAUGUCAGGUUACCAUAUCGAUGUUAUGAACUCGUGCUUCAGGAUAUAUUAAGAAAAGAUCAUCAGGCGUUUUCUCAACUUAUCAAAGACUGGCCUGGUGAUCUUUACAACAUUGCUUUCGUCGCUAAUAUGGUACAGUCUGCUCUCGAUGAUUAUCCGAAAGAUACAACAUUACUUGCUACAUUAGCAAGAUUGUAUGCAUUGGACCAAAGAUAUGAUCGAGCGUUAUCCAUAUAUUUGAAGCUCCGACAUCCAGACACGUUCCAACUAAUUCGAAAACAUAGUCUAUAUGCAGCACUGAAGAAAAAUAUUAUUUUGCUGAUGGAAUUUGGUGGUAAUAAAGCCGUUGAUCUCCUUCUUGAUAAUAUGGAGCAUGUUCCUAUUGAAAAGGUGGUCAAGGAAUUGAAGGGAUAUCAAGGGUAUCUCCAUAUGUAUCUUCACUCCUUGUUUAUUCGAGAUCCUCAUAUUGGAAGCAAAUAUCAUUCUGUACAAUUGACACUUUAUGCUGAGUUUGAGCGACCUAAACUUCUACCAUUCCUGAAGUCAAGCAACUACUAUGCACUCGAGGAAGCUUUACAUAUAUGUGAAGAGAGAGACUAUGUUGACGAAACAGUGUUUCUACUUGCUCGAAUGGGGAAUGCUUCUCGUGCAUUAUCUCUUAUCAUUGACAAUGACAGUGAUGUGUCUAGAGCGGUUGAAUUUUGUAAAGAACAAAACGAAGUUGAAUUAUGGCAAGAGCUUAUUGAAAAGUCACUUGAUAAACCAGAAUUUAUUAGAGAUCUACUGAACAAUAUCGGGACUCAUGUUGAUCCUGUAAUUUUGAUUCGAAGAAUUCCUACUGGACUACGUAUUCCAGGUCUUAAGGAUGCUCUUGUUAAAAUAUUGCAGGAUUAUUCCAUGCAAACUUCUAUGUGGUUCCAGUGUAAAAGAAUAUUGUCAUCUGACGUCAUCAAACUUAACAAGAGGCAGCACAAAGUUCACACACGGGCAUUCAGAGUCGAUGAGGAUAGAUCUUGUGAUGCAUGUGGUCUUCCACUUAUGUUUCCGACAACACCAGGCCUUGAUACUCCAUUAAUCGAUGCGUUUAUGUGCCAUCACCUAUUUCAUGACGACUGUCUACCGCAACAAAACCGGACUUCAUGUAGCAUAUGCAGCGGACAAAGGCGACGGACACUUGAUGCCAGAUAAAAAAAUUUAUUCAACACUAUUUUAUUAUUAUAUGUGAUUACACUAUUGAUCACCCCCAAGAAUAAUAACUAUAUUAUUCCAUUGUGCAAUAAAUGAUCCAGUUGUUGAAAAA